GGACUAGAUUGCAGUUGAGAGUUAAUUAGGGUUUUGAUCAACGGAGCCUCUGAAAAGGUCGAAACUAUAAGAAGUAGCCAAACCUAACACUUUCUCCUCCUCUUUGUCUCUCCCUGCUUUCCCAAUUUCCACCGCCUCAUCUCUCAAAAGCAGGAGAGAUUCUCUAUCUUCUUUACUAAUCUUCGCCUCCGAAUAACCUAAUGCCUUCAUUAGCUUUAUCCGACAAGAAAGAGGAGAAGAAGAUGAAGAAGAAGAUAGCCUUGGACACCACCCCAGAGCAGGACUCUAAGAAGGGGAAGAAGGAGGCCAAGCUUAAGCUCUCCGACUCUGAUGGAGAUGAGUCGGAGAAGAAGAAGAGCAAGAAGAAGGACAAGAAGCGCAGGGCUUCGGAGGUAGAUGAACCGGAGGAGGGGGCCAAGAGCGAUUCAAGCUCGGACUUGGUGGAACCGGAGAGUUCCAAGGCUGAGAAGAAGAAGAGCAGCAAGAAGGUGAAGCUGGGUGUGGAGGAUGUCGAAGUCGAAAACCCCAACGCCGUUUCCAAGUUUCGGAUUUCGGCUCCGUUGAGGGAGAAGCUCAAGGAGAAGGGUAUCGAAGCCCUUUUCCCGAUUCAGGCGACAACCUUUGAUAUGGUUCUCGACGGUGCUGAUUUGGUCGGACGCGCUCGUACUGGUCAGGGCAAAACAUUGGCUUUCGUGUUACCUAUAUUGGAGUCAUUGAUCAAUGGGCCUGCGAAAAGCAAAAGGAAGAAUGGAUACGGCAGGCCUCCAAGUGUUUUGGUACUUUUACCGACCAGAGAAUUGGCCAAGCAGGUGUAUGCUGACUUUGAGACAUACGGAGGAGCAGUUGGGUUAAAUGCUUGCUGCGUCUAUGGAGGUGAUCCUUACCAACCUCAGGAGUAUAAAAUAAAGAGAGGUGUUGACAUUGUUGUUGGGACUCCUGGUCGUAUUAAGGAUCAUAUUGAAAGGAAAAACCUUGACCUGACCUAUCUUCAAUUCCGUGUUCUUGAUGAGGCUGAUGAAAUGUUGAGAAUGGGAUUCGUUGACGAUGUUGAACUUAUUCUAGGGAAGGUGGAGGACCCUAAGAAAGUCCAGACGCUUCUCUUCAGUGCUACCUUGCCAUCAUGGGUGAAAGACAUCGCUUCUAGUGGGGGAAGUACCAUCAUUUUCACUGAGACUAAAGAUCAAGCUUCUGAGCUUUCUGGUUUGUUGCCCGGGGCAAGAGCUUUGCAUGGUGACAUUCAACAAUCACAACGUGAGAUUACCCUUGCUGGAUUCAGAAAGGGUAAAUUCUCGACAUUGGUUGCUACAAACGUUGCUGCUCGUGGUCUAGAUAUCAAUGACGUGCAGUUAAUUAUCCAGUGUGAGCCCCCACGUGAUGUUGAAGAUUAUAUUCAUCGCUCAGGCCGAACGGGAAGAGCUGGCAACACUGGAGUUGCGGUUAUGCUGUACGAUUCUAGAAAGUCGGGAGUAUCAAGGAUUGAAAAACAAGCUGGUAUCAAAUUUGAGCACGUUUCUGCACCGCAGCCUAAUGAUAUCGCCAAAGCUGUUGGUAUGGAAGCUGCUGAGAAAAUUACACAAGUCUGUGACAGCGUCGUUCCUGCCUUUUUGGCGUCUGCGAAGGACUUGUUAGAAACUUCCGGUGUAUCAGCAGAAGUACUCCUCGCAAAAGCUCUUGCAAAAACUGCGGGCUUCACCGAGAUUAAGAAAAGAUCGGUGCUAACAUCAAUGGAGAACCAUGUUACACUACUUCUUGAAGUUGGGAGACCCUUGUACUCGCCAUCAGGUGCGUUUUCCACGCUGAGGAGGUACUUGCCAGAAGACAAGGUUAAUACGAUCGAAGGGCUAACUUUGACAGCAGAUGCACAUGGUGCGGUUUUCGAUGUUGUACAAUCGGAUGUAGACUUCUUCAUUGCAGCUGGGCAAAAGCAUGCUGGAAGUAUGAGCUUACUGGUUGUUAAGGAGUUGCCUAAACUUCAAGAGAGGGAGCCAUUGCCAAGAGGCAGAUUUGGUCGCGGUGGCGGCCCAGGCGGAAGGUCUAAUCGCGGUGGUAGAUUUGGUCGUGGUGGUAGAGGCCAGAGAUGGUAACUCAACACCCUACCGUUGAUCAAAAACAAGUCUCUUAUAAUUUCAUUACUACUUUCUUGAUCUUUGCAGUUUUUUUAUUUAUAAUGUGUGGUUUUUCCUUUUCCCUCUCUAUGAACAACUCAGGGGGAAGGCUCUUUUGUUGUCCCCCUAUCAAUUUUGUGUUAAUUUUGGAUGAUAAUGAUGAUAAAAUUAUUAAUUCAUCACUCACAAUUUCUUCAUAGUUGAAUGAUAUAUCUUCUAGACUAUAUUAUAGUCUUUCCAUUCGCUGUCUA